AUGCCAUGCCUUGGUAAUCCACUGAGUGCACCACCGGACCUCAGCUCGCCGGCCGAGCUCAACAAGCCAAUUCUUCGCGGAGCCCGGGCAGGCCCGGAACCUAGCCCGGAUAGGCUCGACCUGGAACCUCAAUUGGCGGGGUUGUCUGGCGAUGGCGGGCGAGAAGAAUUCAGAGGAAACAGUGGAGGAGGAGGAGGAGGAGCAAUUGGGAUGAAGCCGGGGCAAGGACCCGACCCGGAUAAGGGUUUGGGUUCCUGGUUCCAAUUGGAGCUGCAAGGCGAAGUCUGGGAUGGGGAUGAGGAUAGGGACGGGACUGAAAGGGCUUUCGAAGAAUGUGGAGCCGUUGGAUUCAAGUGUUCUGUGCCCUUUCGUGUUGGAGCUCCAAAAUUGGUCCAGUGCCGUGUUUGCCAGAAUUCAGUCCGACCUGAGGAGAGAAUAUCUUGUUCCGUCCGCGGUUGUAUGUGUGUCUUUCACCUAACAUGUGCCAAAGAAAAUCUUAAGUUUAAAUCAUCAAAGCGAUUUAAGUGCCCUCAACAUGUGUGUUUUCUAUGUAAUCAAAAGAUUCAUUUGUUGAAGUGCAUAAGGUGUGCAACAGCAUGUCAUGAUAAAUGUGUCCCAUUCCCUGAGUAUGUCAUGAAGUUUUCCGACCGACCAGGAGAAGUCAUUUGCUGGAGGCAUCCUGGUGAUUGGCAUCAAGAGAAGAAUGCAGUUCCAACAAACAAACUAGAGGAUGUGUUUGCACUGUUGCCACUUCCAUAUAACAUUCAGGAGUUCAAAAUAGACCUAAAGUGGAAAGAGCAAAUUGAAGCUAAAUUGGAGCCACCUCCAUAUACUCCCAUCAAACGAAAUAUAUACCUCGUCAAGAGAAAACGUAAUAAUGAUGUUGCUGACAUUGGAUGCACAAGCUGCAGUUCCAUCGAAUGUUCUGAUAGUUGUGUAUGCAGGGUUCAGUGCAUCAGCUGCUCAAAAGCUUGUCGUUGCUCCAAAAAUUGUUCCAACAGACCUUUUCAGAAAGUGAAAAGGAUCCAGAUAGUGAAGACAGAAAAAUGUGGUUGGGGUGUUCUGGCAGCUGAAUCAAUCAGUGAAGGAGAUUUUGUAAUAGAAUAUGUAGGAGAAGUAAUAGAUGACACCAUGUGCGAAAGAAGGCUGUGGGACAUGAAAGACCAGGAGGCACAGAACUUCUAUAUGUGUGAAAUCAAUAAGGAUUUCGUCAUCGAUGCAACUUUUAAGGGCAACGCCUCCCGGUUUCUUAACCACAGUUGUGCCCCCAACUGUAAACUAGAAAAGUGGUUAGUCGAAGGUGAGGUCCGCGUCGGUGUCUUUGCAUCCAGAUCGAUCAGGGCCGGAGAAGCACUGACCUAUGAUUACAGGUUCGUGCAGUUUGGGCCGGAGGUUGAAUGCUGUUGUGGAGCUCGAAACUGUAGCGGGCAUUUGGGGACCACAAGAAAGAUUGUGUUCGGGACCAAUACGAAGGUGGAGUUGGUCUCAUCUUGGUGUGUUAAAAGACAAAGGACAUCGAAGAGAACUGUAAGAAUUGUUGUAGACUGA